AUGAGCGGAAUGGAAACUGAUAAACGAGAGUGUUUCAUCGAAACCGUAUCAAAUGGAGAAGCACAGGCGAAAAAUGUAAUCUUAUUGCAGGCUGCGGCGAAGGGUGUAUUGGCAAGAAAAAGAUUUGCUAAUUCAAUAAGGAAAGAUUUUGAUCAUUUGUUGGGUGCUUUUGUGAAUAUGGAGAAAGAGAAAGAGCUAGCUGGUUGUAAGGAUGUGUUACGACUAGGUCGUCUUUUCAUCCAAAUUUUUGAACAACCAUGCGAUAAUCAGAGGCUUUGUCAGUUGUGUCGUUAUAUGAUAUUGAGCAUGUCAUCAUGUAAUGUUCAUAAAUCAUUUGCUUCGCUUUUGUUGUCCAAAAAUUAUCUUCAAGCAGCCAAUCGUUUUAUCAUCUCUAUAUAUUCGUUGAUCAUUUCGGUCAUUCAUAACCUUCAGGUUGAAAAAGUGUCGGAUGGAAAAAUGAUAUCACUGUUUAUCCAUUUUUUAAUCACAUUUUCAAGUGCUAAUAGUUGGGCUUUUGUGCGAAACAAUGCCGAAAUUUGCUGCGCUUUAAAUCAGUUAGGUAAUAAAGCUCUCACUACAACAAUUGGUGAAGAGUUGCGAUACAUCCAAUUUUCGCAACUGCUAAACAGAAUAGUAUCGAGUGGAAGACUUGCGCUUGGUGCUAGUGCCUUCAAUGGGCUGUUCAAUAUAUUAUUCAGAAUACUGAAAAACAGUAAUUUCGACUUUCAUGUGUUCACUUUAUUUGUGGAAUACUGCCUUACUUCUCCGGCUUUACUCAUUCAUCUCUCUGCAGCUAACAUUAAUUUACUGGUGGAGAAUAAAAUGUUUGAAAAAUCGAUAACUAUUCUAACGACGAAUCCUGUAGUGCUUAAUAAUUUGAGUGGUAACAAAAGCUUAUUUCUACUUGCUAAUCUAAUCCAUUUGAGCUAUCUGGACCAGCAUAGCUUAGUGGAGUUUUUGAUUGAUUGGGCAGAUGUUAUGAACAGAAUGUUGACAAGAUGUGAUCGGCUUGUUGCAAAGAAAAAAAGUAAUCGUAGCCAUUGGCAUCCUAUUUUUGGAUGGUAUUCCGAACCACUUGACCGCAGCACGGAAGGUUCUCUCUCUCUUGUUGUACGUCAGUUACAGUACCUAUGGUCAAAACAAAUAGUGACAUGCUUGUUUGGUCAGUUAUUACAUUGUGAUCCGGAAAAACAGUCGUUAUAUCGUACAUCUCAAUCAUCAGCUAUUAUGCAAAAUGAUCUUGCGACAUCAAUUCAAAAACUGUGGAAAAAACUGAAUAUAAUUCGUGCAGAAGCGCAAGCAAAUGACAUUGCUCAGCAGCUGCCGACACUAUCAAUGACUGCGGUUGUAUGCCAGCUUUAUCAAAAUGCUUUAUUUACGUUAAAUUCACUGCAUACCGAUAUACUCUCUGGUUUGUGUCGUGAAGACUUUCUUCUUCCACUUUUAUGGGAACAUAUUGUUAGCUUAUCACCAACUGAUAAUGGACUCUCUCACGUAAUUGCACUGAUUGCUUCACAUUCACCAAAAAUUACGCACUUUGCUCCAAUUGUUCUAUUUGCUAAUUGUGCUGCUUCUGUCAUUUCGAUUCUUGACGAAGAAGAAAUGUAUGAGGAAGGCGGGCCAUUCACUCUUGAUCAAUUAUGUGCUAUUGCCAAAUUUUGUAAUUUGUUUUGUUUUCGUGUGAUUUGGAACUCUUAUAUUGAUUUGCAGCAAAUUUCAUCUUGCCCAUUAUUUUCCUCUAUUUAUCAACUCUGUAUGUUACUAUAUAAUCGUGAUUGUCGAAGAGCUUUCUCAAAAGAUCAUAAAUUCUGGAUUGCACCAGAUGUUAAAAGUUCAGUCAUAAUGAAUGAAUUUGAAAAGAAGAGUGAACGUGCUCUUUUUCUGAUGUCGCAUAUGAGCCAUUUAGUAACUUUAUAUGAUCGGAUAGUUUUGUUCAGGAAGUAUAUUGCAUCAGAAAAAGAAAGUAUGGAAGGUACUCCUAGUACGAUGAUAACAGUAGAAAGAAAUAGACUACUUGCAGAUGGUUAUCGUCAACUAUCAUUGCUGUCGCCUACUGCACUUAAAGCAACCAUUCGUGUAAAGUUCAUUAACCAGCAGGGAUUAGAUGAGGCGGGUAUUGAUCAGGACGGAGUAUUUAAGGAAUUCUUAGAAUUAACGUUGAAACAUGUUUUCAAUCCUGACCUCAAUCUUUUCAAGUGCUCACCAAAUCGACAACUCUAUCCUUCGCCAACAUCAGAUUUGCAUGAGAAUCAUCUCGAUCUUUUUCAGUUUGUUGGUCGUAUGCUAGCUAAAGCUGUCUAUGAGGGUAUUGUUACUGAAGUACAUCUUGCGCCCGUACUGUUAGCAGCUGUAUUGGGUCGUAAAUUGUGUGCAUUUGAUGAGUUAUCACAGCUUGAUCCAGAUCUUUACAAAAGUCUUAUUUACGUGAAACAUUAUUCGGAUUCGGAUGUUGCUGAUUUAUCACUAACUUUCUCGAUUGAUGAAGAUAUAUUGGGACAUGUACGAACCACUGAUUUAAUACCAGGUGGUCAUGCAAUGCAUGUUACAAAUGAAAACAAAAUAGCUUAUGUUCACAAAAUGGCACAGUAUCGCGUUUUUAAUCAAACGAAAGAGCAAUGUCGUGCUUUUGUGUCAGGAUUUCUAUCGGUUUUGAACAGCAAUUGGCUUUCUUUAUUUGCUCCACAUGAACUUCAAUAUCUGAUUUCAGGGCAAUCAACUGAUAUCGAUUUACAUGAUCUUCGUAAACAUGUACAAUAUUAUGGAGGUUUUCACAAUAAUCAUCGAGUCAUUAAAUGGCUUUGGCAAAUAUUGGAAAAUGAUUUUACUGCUGAAGAACGUCGUCUGUUUUUAAAAUUUGUAACGAGCUGUUCGCGUGCUCCGCUUUUGGGUUUUGCAUAUCUUGAGCCUCCUUUCUCGAUUCGUUGUGUUGAAGUAUCUGAUGAUCAGGACCAAGGUGAUACUUUAGCUAGUGUUGUUCGUGGCUUUUUGGCUAUUAAGCGACGUCAGUCACCUUCACGGCUACCCACAGCCUCUACCUGUUUUAACCUUUUGAAAUUGCCAAAUUAUGGCAAAAAGUCGGUUCUGUUACAAAAAUUAAGAUAUGCUGUGCACUCAGAAACUGGCUUUGAGCUUAGUUAA